UCGAGUUUCCUGAUUUCCCUUCAACAGCGUCUGGACUUGUUGUGAUAUAUUUUGCUCUUUAUUUCUUGUGAACAGAUCUUCUGUACAUGUCCCAGUUUUGUCUUCAUUUUUCCACGAGGACGUUAUGACUGAUCGGUGACUGCAAACUGAUUUGAGAAACAGUUACAGAAAGAAGAAGAGGAGGAGGAGGAGGAGGAGGAAGGUGAAGCACCUGUCCCAAGCACAUUGACAGGACCCAGCUGAGCAGUUCAGAGUCAGAGGUCAUUUGGGAGGCCCUGUGGCGACGCCAGGAUUACAAAUAGCCCAGAGGAUGAUCUGAGCAGAGACGGAGGAGGAGACGGAAGUGGAGAAGACGCCGAGCACGAUGACGACGCCGAUGAUGAUGAUGAUGAUGAUGAAGGAUGACAGUGUGCAGAAGGAGAUGGAGGAGAGGAACCUGCGCCCCCGACUCUGCUACCUGACUAAAGGCGAGCGCGGUUACGGGUUCCACCUGCACGGAGAGCGCAGCAGCGGAGCGCAGUUCAUUCGCAGGAUUGAGGCGGGGUCUCCUGCGGAGCUGGCGGGACUGAGGUCCGGCGACCGCGUUGUGGAGGUGAACGGAAAAAACGUGGAGAAGGAGUCGCACCAGGAGGUGGUUCAGAAGAUCAUGGAGGUGGAGAACAGAACCAGGCUCUUGGUGGUGGAUCGGGAGACGGAUGAGUUUCUGCACCGCAACUCUCUCCCAUGCUCCGAGGACCUGGCUGUGGAGAUGAGCUGCCUAGUCGCCCCUCGCACCGCCUCGUCUUCCCUUGCUUCUUCCACCCUGAGCUUCUCCUCAUUGUCGCGUGACUCCCUCACACCAUCUCCACAAGGCUCCAUUGUUUUAUUGCCACGAGACCCCUGCACUCACUCACACUCUGACUCCAUUACUCCGUCACUGCUGCCUAAAUCCAUUACUUUAUCACCAUCUGACUGCAUUGCUCCAUUAACCAGUGAUUCUGAUUCUAUUAUUCCAUCACCAGAAAACCCUCCUCCACUACCAAAACGCAAAUCUGUCACUUCAUCACCAGAAGAGUCUAUUACUCAGGCAUCAAGUAACUCUAUUAGUCAAUCACUAUGUGAAUCAUUUAUGCCCUCACUGUUUACCUCCAUCACUCAAUCUCCUUAUGAAUCUAUCACUCUAACUCCAUCUAACUCCUUCACUCAAUCUCCAUCCCACUCCAUCCCUCAAUCUCCAUCAAACACAAUCCCUCAAUCUGCAUCCAACUCCAUCAUUCAAUCUCCUUAUGACUCCAUCACUCAAACUCCAUCUAACUCCAUCACACAAUCCCCAUCCCACUCCAUCCCUCAAUCUCCAUCAAACAAAAUCCCUCCGUCCGCAUCCAACUCCAUCAUUCAAUCUCUUUAUGACUCCAUCACUCAAUCCCCAUCAAACUCCAUCCCUCAAUCUCCAUCAAACUCAAACCCUCAAUCUCCAUUCCACUCCAUCAUUCAAUCUCCAUAUGACUCCAUCCCUCAAUCUCCAUCCAACUCCAUCAUUCAGUCUUCUUAUGACUCCAUCCCUCAAUCUCCAUCCAACUCCAUCAUUCAGUCUCCUUAUGACUCUAUCACUCAAUCUCCAUCCAACUCCAUUACUACUUCUUUCAGCAGAGAAAAAUCAGACGAGACCGCCCACACAGACAUCAUCAUCACCACCACCAGCACCAAGGAGAAGUCAGGAACAGAUGACAUGGGGAUGCGUGACCUGAGGCCGCGGUUGUGUCACAUAGUGAAGAAUGAGCAGGGUUUCGGCUUUAACCUGCACUGUGAUAAGCUUCGCGUGGGACACUUCAUCCGCUCAGUCGACCCUGACUCUCCCGCGCUGAGAGCUGGACUGCAGCCCGGGGACAGGCUUAUCCAGGUGAACGAUAGGAACAUUGAGGGUUUAAGGCAUGCAGAGGUGGUGAAAAUCAUCAAAGGUGGAGGAGGACAAACCAAGCUGUUGGUGGUGGAUCCAGAAACUGACAUUCUGUUCCAGAAACUGGAAAUCACCCCGACUACGGUGCAUCUUAACGAGGAUUGUGUGGACGGUCCGAUCAUCGCGGGUCCAACCUCAACGUGUUCAGUCACAGACAGCUCUGUGUCUCCUUCAAAACUCUCCAAUGGCUCGAUGACGCAACCAGCUCGGACUGAUCCACCGACCACAAACGGCUCUCUGAAGCACCAGAGUCACGGGAGCACAUCCUCUUCCAGGUCCGUCGCUUCGGAGACGAGUGAGGAACUGAGCACCUCUGACACGAGCAAGCUGUUGCACUCAGAGCAGAGCAAGCGCAACAACGCCACCGGUGUCCAGGCGAAAAAGGAGGUAAAGGAUCCGGACCCACUACGGGAAAGUGGCCUAGACCUGAGCCCAACAGCGGCUGAGGCCAGGCAGAAGGUCAGGUCGAAGAAAGCCAACAAAAGAGCGCCCCCUAUGGCCUGGAAUAAGAAAUACGAGAUCUUCAGCAACUUCUGAGCUGAAGCUCUAACAGAGCCAGGAUUCAGCAUUUUACCCUGGGCACAAGGAACUGGGAAAUGAGAAAUGAGAAGACUGCCUUGUUUUCAAGCCUGCUGGCCUCCAUGCUUUCUAAAAUACAAUUUAAAAAAAAUACUGAGCUAGAUCUCAGGAAAACGAAUGAUAGCUGUGCUACUGCUGUAACACCACUUGUUAAGUAAACAGAGAGACAGUAACGGAUAACUGGAGAGAGAUUAAGAGUAAAUGUGAGCACAAUGUUGGGAAAUGAAGGUGAAAAAUGUGAAGUAAAGUAAAUGAUGUGUAACAGACAGUGAAAAUGAAAACACUUUUAAUGAGAGAGAGAGAGAGAGAGAGAGAGCUUCUAGAAAGUAUUGGAUCAGUUUCUGAUGCUGAAAUCAUAUUUAAUAUUUUAAACAAGUUGCACUUACUAAAGAAAUGAAGUAUUGGGGACACGAUUCCGGCAUCGCCAGCAUCAAUUACAUUCAAGGUCAUAAAUGGUCAUUAAUAAUAAUUUUUUAAUAUAUAACAAUUAAAAUUAACCUUAUCAUUUACUCUGUAUGAACACUUUUCUUAGUUAGGAUUAAGUUGAACUUUAUUUUCCUUUGGACAAAGUUGGGAUUUUAUUAACGCUACCUUUAACUGGUCGUUAAAACUAAAUCUAGUAGUUAAAACUAAGUAAAAAAGAGUAAAAUAAUUUAUUAGGGUUGGAUUACGUCAGGUCUACAAAGAAUUUCCUAUUUGCGUCACCAGCCGUUUCCACCCUUACCGUCGCGUCAUUCGCCGCCGCUCCUGUUGUCUAGCAACCUUCACUCCUGCAGCUGGACUUGUUAGGAAGAGUUGUAUAAAUUAAGACGCCUCACCUAUGGCGCCGCUUGGUUAACGUCAGAUUUAACUUAGGGAGUGAGUUUCACGUAAGACCCCUUGUUUUUUUUGUUUAAUAUUUAAUAUUUAUCAUUAGCUAUUUGAUUGAGCUGAAAGGCAGUGCCUAUAUUUGAAAAUGUACUCCACCUCUCCUGCAUUCUCCAUCGUGUCUUUCCGGGCCAGCAAACAAUAAUAGGAUAGGCUGGGCCACGUUGUCAGGGGAAAUGAUGGCCGCAUUUGUCAUUUAAAAUUGGACAGCCUUAGUCGCGACACUGUGAUGUAAUCGAUCUACACAUGAAGGGUGCGGCCCUCACACAGCUCAUGACCGCCUAACGAUACAAAAUGGCUGCCUAAAGAUCCACAAGCAUAAGCUUAUUCAUAAUUAAACAUUAAACAAGCACUUGUUUUUUAUCGUCUCAAAUCGUUUUGGCACUAAGCUCAGGACUGGAACACUCAUCAUGUGCACAUAACUACAGCCUUAUCGUAUCCCACUGAAUCAUUCAUUCAUUAUACACCUGACACAUAAUCCGGAAAAUAUUAGCAAGUAUGACUAACACUUAUUAAUUUAUUGAGCUUUUAAUUUGUUUUUCGCAACAUGCUGUGAUUUAGACUCGAGUUUUACAAACUUAUCUAAGAAAAAUUUAGAAAAUUUUUAUGUGGGCUUUCAGGAAACGUCUUAGUGUGACGGACUGAACCCUGAACACGGCGUACUAACAAGAUACACAGUAAUAAAGAACAAUAUAACAAAAGAAAAAUUGCACAAGAAAUAUUAUGACACUAAUCUCUACUUCUGUUUUAUAAAGUCUCAUAUGAAUAUACUGUU